UCUUUAGAUCCAAUUGCUCCGGUUUACGAUUCAUGGCAAUUGUCCAUAUCUGUUCUUUCACAACAUCCAUUAUUUUAAUAGUUAUCUACAGAGAGAUAACCUGUUUAUAGCAGGGAUUUGACUGCUAACUGGCCUGACCUCGUUGAUGUCAUCGCCCUACCUCCUGGAUGUCCAUUUGUGAGGCAUUACCACAACACUUAGUGGCAGCUACCGACUAUAUGGGUUUUGGGAAAGCAUUUGAAAAAGAGCAAGACGAUAUAGGGAAAUAAUUCUCAGCACAGUUAACGCCAAUUGGCUAAAAUGGGUCACAACGAAGAUCCCCCAACCUCGGCGCAACACGACAUGUCGCCUCGAUCGACGUUCGAGGUUGCACAGCAGGCAAUUGAGUUUGCCAAACAGGCCGAGAAACUCUCACACCAGCGAAUGGAAGAUGGCUCUGCAGCGGUAGCUGUGCAGGCAGAUUUUGUCACGCCGCAGGAUCCCGUUAUAGUCACAUCGGAUGGAAACAGGCUGCCAGGCGUGCCGUUGCAUGAAGCACAUAGGCUCAACGUGCUGCGCGAAGAACUGCAAGGACAGCCAGCAGAGGUAGAGAUUAAGAAGGGAAGCGAAGUUCAAGCAAAUGUCUCAAAUCCGGCUGUGCACCACCACAACAGGGAGGGCGGCCGGAAGACUUUACAGCUACCCGAGGCCCAAAAAGAUCAGAAUAAUGGACAGUCUUGGCAACAGGCAUCACAAGGAACGUUGAGACAUGCCAUGCCUCCAUCACAUACGCAUCCCCUAUUUCCGCCCCUACCGCUAUACGGACCGCCGUCGUUGCUACGCAAUAUCCAGUGCUGGUUUUUCAGGUCUACGUCAUUUGUGCUGAGCAUGGAGUUUCUUGGUGUAAUUGUACUCGGCUCGCUGUUCACAAGCAUUCCGAAUUACUGCAAGGCAAUGUUUCUGCCUGGUCAGGAGAAAAAGCGGCCCUUUUAUGAGCAGGAGCGCCAAAACGCAGCCAUCAGAGAAGAGAAGGAAAAAGACUGGGACCCGACGGGUAUCCAGAGGCGCUUGGAUGUCGAAAACGAAAGCAUAGUGGAUGAAUAUCCACCGACUGAGGGCGGCAAAGACCCAAUCAUCUGCGAUGUUGGUUACUAUGCGCGCAGAGUUGGCCUUGACGUGGAGACUUUCAAAGUCGAGACUGAGGAUGGAUUCAUCAUUGAACUCUGGCACGUCUAUGAUCCUAGAGAGCAUAUACCUUUGGAUGAGGCAAGCAGAGAGAAGCUUGGGCCGACCGUCUUCCAGGAGCCAACCCAACGACUGGGAAAUUCGGGCAAGAAACGAAAGUUCCCCGUGCUGCUGAUGCACGGCUUGCUGCAGAGCUCAGGGGCAUAUUGUUGCAACGAUGACCAGAGUCUGGCAUUUUGGCUCUGUAAAUCAGGAUUCGAUGUUUGGCUGGGUAACAACCGGUGCGGCUUCAAGCCCAAGCACGUACUGCUCGAGUACAGCGACCCACGGAUGUGGUGCUGGAACAUUCGACAGAUGGGCGUCUUUGACCUACCGGCGCUUGUAUCGCGUGUCCUGCACGAGACGGGAUUCAAAAAACUCGGCCUCAUCUGCCAUUCACAGGGAACAACUCAGACGUUGGUGGCCUUAGCAAAGGAGCAGCGACCUGAUUUGGGUGAGAAGCUGACCGUAUUCUGCGCUCUGGCCCCUGCGGCAUAUGCUGGACCGCUCAUUGGCAAGAUGUACUUCAAGUUCAUGCGCAUAAUCUCACCCGGCAUGUUCAGGCUCAUGUUUGGGAUCCAUGCCUUCAUCCCCCUGAUGAUGCAGAUGCACGCGCUGCUGGAUGCACGGCUGUACGGAUGGCUGGGUUACAAGGUCUUCUCGUUCCUCUUUGACUGGACUGAUGAAAGAUGGGAUCGAGGCCUGCGCAACCGCAUGUUUCAGUUUGCGCCUGUGUAUGUAAGUGCCGAGUCGAUGAGGUGGUGGCUCGGCCGCGAAUGCUUUGCCAGACACAAGUGCAUCCUGGCGACGAGAGACGUGCUGCGGGAUGAAGAAAGUCAAGAUGAAAGCGGCAGCAAUGAAGAUGAGUCCGAAACCAGCAACGAAAGGCACCAAUCCGGAGAUCAGGCUCACAAGACCAAGCAGCGGCGCCACAUCAAAGGCUCCACGGCAUGGUACAAUCACCAGGUGCCUCCAUUUGCGCUGUGGGUUUGCGGCGAUGAUCAUCUGGUAGACGGGCAGAGGCUUCUUAAGCGUUUCGAGGCAGGCCGCGAGCCGCACGUCAAGGUGGUGCACAGCAAAGUGAUUCCCGAGUACCAGCACCUGGAUGUCAUCUGGGCAAUGGAUGCGCCAUCCCAGGUAUUUCGAGAAAUUCGCGAGGUGCUGUGGAAGACGUGCGACGUCAGGGACAUUUGCAGGAUUCCAGAGGGCUGCGAUAUGGUGCCACAGUGGGAACCAGCCGAGGCUGUGGCGACCGGGGCGAGCGAAUAGGGGAUCAUGGAUAUACGGCAGUUUUCUCCUUGUUGUUAGCUUGUACUUGUACUCGUAUGCGAAUGCGAACCAAAAAGCUCGGAGUCUAGGGUGGAUGCCACUUGUUGUUACCAUAGAUGUGGAGUUAUAGAUGGAGUCAAUUCAAGACAAGAGAGCAUCUUUGCCUUUGUCGG